AUGAACACAGAGAAAGCCGCCGCGGCCUGCCAGACGAUGCGAUUGUCGGACUGGUCGGGGAUGGCCGCCAUCACGGUGUUGAUUCCGGCCGCCACCACUACCCCAACCGCGUCGGCCUUCCAGUCUCGACGUCUCAGCCCCAAAUCACGCUCUCUUACCCACCAGGCGAGGUUGGCAAGGCACAAAACGAUGGGAAAGACGGACACGGUGACUAUAUUAGCCGUCUCCUCCUCCUUCCACGGCAAGUACGCAGCACAUAUGGCAGCCGAUAGGGCGCAGACGGCCGCCAAAGCAAAGUUUCGUGCAAUUCUAAAUUUGGUUGUUGCCGCCUUAUUAGUGUUCUCAAUGAUGACUAUAAGUCUAUAA